AUGACAGUUAGAGCUAUAACAAAUGAAUCAGAUUAUAAAAUUCAUUAUUUAAUAUUGAUUUUAUUCUUAUAACCUCUAAAUCAUUACAUAUUUUAUACAGUGAAGAAAAAAUAAUGUUCACAGUAAAUUUAAACUUAAAAUAAAUAGAAAUUCAUAAUCUAGCAAACUUCAAAAGAGGAUGUAUAAUGUCUUUCUAAUGAUAGUAAGGCAGAGAAUUUAAAAUCUGAAAUAAAUGAAAGUGUAAUUGUUAAUAUAAACAAUUAUGAUUUAGAAUUUCCAAAAACAUAAUAAGAACAUAAAUCAAUUAGUAUAAAUAAAGAAACUAUAUAAGAAAGAGUGAUCAUUAAAAAAUAGCCUUUAAAUAUGUAAAAAACAACGACGAAUUCUUCUCAUUCAUUAAGAUAAGAUCAUUUAAAAUUAGAAACUCAUAUGGAUUCAAAAUACUCAGAUUUAGUUGCUAUAAUGAGUAAACUUCCAUUUGGUAUAAUUUUCGUUGAUCAACAGUUAAGCAUUUUAGAUUAUAAUUAAAAAGUCCUUUAAUUAUUAGGAAUUACAAAUCCAGAUAAUAUAAUUUCAUUUUUAGAUGAAGCAUUAUAAAAGUAUAUUAUUUAAUUAAUUAGAAAAGAAGUGCAGAAAUUUAAGAAAUUCGUUCUUCGAAAAAAAUUUAAAGAUCUAUGAAUAAAUCAAGAAAAAAAUUGUCACUCUUCCAAUAGGUUUCCAUAAACAUUUAAAAAAGAUAAUUCGAUGAAUAGAUUCCAGAUGUAGUUUCUCAAUAUUUUAAUUUUGGAUCUUAACCAAAAUUGGAUAAUGAAAGUUAGUAGGAAGGAAAUAUAAAAUCAAUUUUUCAUUAAUUUUAGAAAAUUCAUUAAAGCUAAUAAACAUCAGCUUCUAGGGAAACAUUUUAAUUUAUUUUAGAAUUAGAUUCAAUGUAUGGUUCUUAAUGCAAGUCUAAGUAUAAAAGUUUAAAACUAAAGAUUUUUUAAGUAGAUGGAGAUUCAGAAUGGGAAUCACAUGUUUAUUUAUUUGUAUUAGAAAAUAUUACAAAAAGAGAAGAAUUUAAAUUACUAAAUCAUAAAUAUAAAUUCCAAUAAGCUCUCUUAAAUUCAUUAUGUCAUGAAUUAAGAACUCCAAUAAAUUGUGUUAUUUCUUCACUAUUUUCACUAAAAGAUGAAUUAAAUGCUGAAUUAUUAGAAUCACAUCUAAAUCCUGCAAUUGUUUCAACAAAGAGAUUAGAAUACUAAUUAAAUGAUAUUUUAGAUUAUGCUUAAAUCCAAUGUAAAGCAUUGAAUCUUAAUAAAUCUUGUUUUUUAUUAGAGGAAAUAUUUUAAUAAUUAAAAGAGCUAUUUUAUUUUGAAUGUAUUUAAAAACAAAUCUAGUUAAUAAUAGAAGAUGAUCAUUAAAUUAGAUUAUAUACAGAUAAAGAACGAUUAUUAAGAGUUCUUAUCAAUUUAAUUGAUAAUUCUGUAAAAUUUACAAAUAAAGGAGGAAUGAUUAAAGUAUCAUCAGAAGUAUAUUAAGAUCAAAUUAAUUUAAUUGUUUUUGAUAAUGGAUAAGGUAUUAAAGGUGAAAUUGUUGAAUUAAUUGAAGAGGAAGCAGAAAUUUUAUUUUAAGACUCAAUUUAAUAUAAUUCAACUAAAUUAGGUUUAGGAUUAAGAAUAUCAAUGUUGCUUUCAAAAUAUUUAUAUAAAGAGUAAAAAUUCUAAAUAGAUUCAAAAUUUAAUUAAUACACAAAGAUAAGUUUUAGAUUAUCAAAAUUAAUUGAAAAUUGUUAAUUAGAUUUUUAGAUGGUUGGAUAAAAAUCUUAGCCUGAAAAACACUGUGAUUGUAGUAAAAUAUUGAUUGUUGAUGAUAUAAUUUGUAAUCACUUUGCUCUUUAAGUUUUAUUAAAGAAAUUUAAAUUGAAAACUGAUAGUGCUUACAAUGGAGAUUCAGCUAUUGAAUUAGUCGAAUAGAGAUUGAAAUAAAAAUGUUGCUAAACUUAUAGACUUAUUUUUAUGGAUAUUGAAAUGCCAUAAAAAAAUGGAUUUUAAGCAUCUUCGGAAGUAUUUAAUAAUUUCAUCCAUUUAGAUAUCAUAAAAAUUAAAAUCAAAAUCUCUUAAUGAUGAAUGCAUAAUUGCUAUGUAUUCUGCUUAUUCUGGGGAUGAAGAUGUUGUAAUAGCAAAGGAAUGUGGAAUGAAAGAACGAAUUUCAAAACCUACAGAUAUUUAAAAGCUAGAGUACAUUAUAAAUAAGUAUUUACUUUGA